UUCGUCUGCACAAUCACUUUCGCCGCGUCAAGGAGCAACCGAGGCAUGGCCAUAGCUCCUGCCCCGCUCUGACGUCUCACCUGCGUUGGUAACCCUUCCGGACACUGCUGCCGACGAUCCAAUUGAAGUCUCCAAAGCUUCGAAAGCUAUGCAGCUCUCUCUCUUCAGCCGACGUCUAUUUCCCCCUCAGCUCUUGAUCCAGCCCGCAAUCCCGCACCUGGACAGCUCCCAUCGUUAGUAGGACAGCACUUAUCGAUCAAGAGAACAUUACAACAUCGCAAUGCCUCCGGCCGCAUGGAUACAAGAAAACAUUCCGGUGCUGCUGCGGCCAUCGCUGCUUCUUGUGACUGCAAUCUAUCACUUCUUCAUGACCGUAUUUGAAGUCAGUUUCGUCGAACGCAGACCGCUAUCGCUCUUCAACAUCACCAAGCUUCGCCACAAGUCGUUCGCCCGCCUCUGGACCAAGAAUGGAGAAGCAAUGUCGAUCGAGAUGCCAGGUCCUCUGACAGAGCUCCUGUCUGCCUGCGAAGGUGUUGUCCUCGAUAUCGGCCCUGGAUCUGGCGAGAUACUAUCUCGUUUUGACGCAACCCGUAUCAAAGCCAUGUAUGGCGCGGAGCCGGCCGAGGUCCUCCACAAAGGCCUGUUAAGGAACGCGGAAGAGAAAGGUUUUGGAGAGAAGUACCACGCCCUGUUGUGCGGUGGUGAGCCUGAGAGCCUCAUCCCGGCGCUUCACAAGAGUGGUAUCUUGGACAUCAGUGGCAGGGCCGGUCUGGCUUCGGAUGGCGUGUUCGACGAGAUCUGCUGUGUGCGGGUAUUGUGCAGUGUACCUCACGCGCAGGAAACCAUCAAUGGCCUUUACAACCUGCUCAAGCCUGGCGGUCGCAUGAUUAUAUGCGAGCACGUCGUCAAUCCUUGGAGGACCGAAGGCCGGAUGCUUGCGCGUUUCAUGCAGAUCAUCUACACGCUACUCGGCUGGCCAUUCUUCAUGGGUGACUGCGAACUACAGAGGCAUACACCAGAUUUCCUCAAGGCAGCUGGCGACUGGGACAAGUUCGAUCUGAAGUACUACGGGCCAAAGGACGCGAUUCCGUUCGUUGUGGGUGAGUUAGUGAAGAAAGGUGGGAGGUCUUACGCGGAGGUGGUCAAAGAAUAAGCUUGUCAUCAAUCGCGACGACGCUGAAGAGUGGAGAUUAUGAGAGGUAUUCAAGGCCUUGCAAUUGAAGCCAGUUCGAAGUACAGACCGUGCACCUGAUAAUCGUUAGAAUAAUUUUAAAUGUUAUAUGAAUUUCCU